AUGAGUUCAAGUGUGAGUCAAGUAUUAGUUCGACGUUUAUAUCCAUUGUUUUAUCGACCAUUGUUAACAAGGGUCUCAUUACCCACAACCUUUAGCUCAUUAAGAAGUCAGACUACAGGUACACAACAAAAACAUGAAACAAUCAACAAUACCACAACUACUACUGCAGAACAAACUACGAAUCCCACAUCAUCGUCUCCACCACCUUCGAGUUCCUCCACAACGGCAGCAUCAGCUAAUGGAAGUGUUGAGGAGUCUUUAGGAUCAAUCGAACAUCAAUUGAAGAAAGUAACAGAAGAAAACAAAAAAAUAAAUGACGAUCUUAUUGAUAUGAAAGACAGAUAUAAACGUUCAUUAGCUGAAACAGAGAAUACUCGUAUUCGUUAUAAAAAAUUAGUAGAUGAUGCAAAAAUUUAUGGUAUACAAGGUUUUUGUAAAGAUCUAUUAGAAGUAGCUGAUAUAUUAAAUUUAGCCAUUAUUAAUACGCCAAAAGAUAAAAAAAUGAAUGAUAAAGAUUUUGCCAAUUUAUAUCAAGGUUUAACAAUGACUGAAGAAAAAAUGCAGAAAAUAUUUACAAAAAAUGGUUUAAUUCAAAUAUCGCCUGCAGAAGGUGAAAAAUUUAACCCUAAUUUUCAUGAAGCAUUAUUUCAAACAAAAAUUCCAAAUAAAGAAAGUGGUACAAUUGUACAAGUAAUGAAAAAUGGUUAUCGACUACACGAAAGGGUAAUUCGAGCAGCUCAAGUGGGCGUGGCACAGUAA